AUGCCAAAAAUAAAAAUCCUAGACGGCGGUCUCGGCACCUCUCUUGAGCAAAAUCACAGCGUCAUUUUUGGCUCCGACACCCCUCUUUGGUCCUCCCAUCUCCUCGUUUCUAAUCCCUCAACUCUACUGCAGUGCCAAAAGGGCUUUGGAGAUGUGCCAGUAGAUGUCAUCCUCACAGCAACAUAUCAAGCCUCGCUUCAUGGCUUCGCAAACACCAAAACCGCCGACUUCCCAAAGGGCAUUGAUACUUCACAAGUGCCUCAAUUCCUCGAAACCGCUGUGAAAAUUGCAGAAGAAGCGAAACAGCCAGCAUGUGCUAUCGCAUUGAGCAUUGGACCUUACGGUGCAUGUAUGGUCCCAAGUCAGGAGUACAGCGGCGAAUAUGACGCCGCUCACGAUUCCGCAGACUCUCUGCUUGCAUGGCACCGUGAGCGCUUAGAAGUAUUUGCUCUGAUAGAGGACAUUAAGCAGCGUGUCCAGUACAUCGCCCUCGAGACAAUUCCUCGCCUCGACGAAGUCAUCUCUAUGCGCCGCGCUUUGAGUGCAGUUCCGGGCCUCUACCCCGGCUUGCCAUUCUGGAUCUCAAGCCUAUUCCCCAACGAAGAUGAAAACAUACCGGACGGGAGCUCCCCGGAAGAUGUCAUCCGCGCCAUGCUAGACCCUUCUCUCGCAAAAGCGGUGCCAUGGGGCGUAGGAAUCAACUGCACAAAAGUAUGGAAGCUCGACUCUUUGCUACGCCGCUAUGAAGCUGCCAUUAGGAAUCUGCUCCAAGAAGGAGUCAUAACAGACUGGCCUUCAUUGGUGCUCUAUCCCGAUGGGACAAAUGGCGAGGUAUAUAACACAACAACUAAGCAAUGGGAAUUACCCGAAGGCGCCGAGCGAGAAGAUAGGAUUCCGUGGGAGAAACAGCUUACAGAAGCUGUGCGGGCUACAGAAGAGAGAGGGAAGUGGUCCCAGAUCAUUGUAGGAGGUUGCUGCAGGGCCAGCCCGAGUGAUAUUAAGAGACUUCAUGGCUGUAUCAAUGCUUGA